AUGCAGCAGAGCAGCGAGGCCCGAGCAGCCGAGCGGCUCCUGGAGUGCAGGGACCACUUCAGCCAGGACUUUUACCCCAACCCUAACCCUGUCCGUGGGCAGAAGCACACGGCCUUGUCCUCCACAGACACUGACUCUGCUGCUGCUUCAUGGAUGCAGAGAGUGAUGCAGAGAGUGAUGCAGAGAGUGAUGCAGAGAGUGAUGCAGAGAGUGAUGCAGAGAGUGAUGCAGAGAGUGAUGCAGAGAGUGAUGCAGAGAGUGAUGCAGAGAGUGAUGCAGAGUGAUGCAGAGAGUGAUGCAGAGUGA